AUGUCGGCGAUAAAGAAUGCAAACGAUAUUUAUAUUUUGAAGAAGAAGAAAGAAGUUUUAGAUUGCGAGGCUAGUAACUACGAAUUCGGUUUUGAUGGUUUGCCACAAAGAAUAAAAUUCGUAAACACAAAAAAGUUUUUAUCAAACUCAAAGCGAGACAAAAUCAGAAAAUGUAAUGGUAAACUAUUGUCGAGAUUCAAUGCGGUUAAAAAAAAACGAUAUGUAAACACAAGCAUAAUAAAAAACAAACAAACGAAGCCAUUAAUGCCUGUUCUCGGAAAUACACAAAAUGCAAUACAAUAUACCGACGAGAAAGAGAGAUAUGCGCAAUUACCGAACCAGAUUCAAGUGCCUAGCCACUCAGCUGAACCAUAUUCACGUGAUGUUUCGACCAUUUUUUGCGACACAGGCACAACCGAGAACACAAACUCGGACACAACGGAUGGCAUUGAAUUUGAUUUGGAUUCCAAUCAGCUUGAAGACACAAUUAUCAUUCAAAACUCAAAUAUUGAAGAGAACGGUUUGGAUUCGGAGUGCUCAGUAAAGUCAAAGGAGCCAAUACUUUUUCAGUACAAUUACUUCAAGAUAUUGGAAAAAAAUGGUGAUUCCUUACGUGCAAUGUGUGUUCCUUGUGGUGUCGAUGAGAAUAAUUCCCCAGUAACGGUUUGCAGUGCAAAACACAAGGUUUCUUCUAACUUGAUCACACAUUUGAAGCGGAAACACAUGAUGGAAUAUUCGAAAUAUUUAGCACAAAAGAAAGAACAAAAUCCGAUAAAACGCAAGAAAUAUACGAGAACUGUAAUAGAUCAACAACAUUUGGAUGACAUUGUGAUGAAGUUUAUUAUAAAGGGAAUGCACCCAUUGCGAACGGUAGAAGAUGAAAGUUUCAUCGAAUACACCAAUGAAUUAUUGGGGAUGCGUGUUGAUAAGUACGGCCGAACUUUCAAGCUUAUGUCACGCCAUGUUUUGAAAACGAAAAUCGAUGGGAUUUUUGAGACAGAAAAAAACAAAUUGAUCAAUAUUUUUUCUGCAAUCGAACACAUUGGAAUCACUUGUGAUAUAUGGUCCAGUAAACAUCGUAGUUUCAUGGGUGUUACAGCACAUUGGAUUGACCCAAAGACGUAUGAACGAUGUUAUGCCAUUCUAUCAUGCGAACGAUUCUUAUUCCCACACACUAAUGAUCGAAUCGCUGAACAUUUGAAAACCAUUUGCGAUGUUUUUGGAGUAACAGAGAAAGUAAUCGCAACGACAACAGACAACGCAUCAAAUUUUGCAAAAGCAUUUCGAGAGCAUGGUAUACCGAUUGAAUGGCAUUUCGUGGAUGACGAAUGCUUCGAUCAAGACUUUGAAUAUAAAGAAAUAGACUCAGUAUUGUCCCUGCAUGUUCGAUGUGCUUCACAUACAUUCAGUCUGAUUGGAGUAAAAGAUGCAGCUAAAGCAUUGACCACCAGUUCUUAUUUCAAUAAGCAUUCAUCGGCAUUCAAAAAACUCAAUCGUAUUUGGAGUUGUGCCAACAAGCCAAAAGCAUCCGAAACCAUAGUAGAGAUUUUGGGUAAGUCGAUUCAUCGGCCAGUUGCAACACGUUGGAAUUCGGUCUACGAUUGUAUCGUGAAAAUACUCCAAUUAGAACAAGCAAAGCUGGCAGAACUCAUGACCGCUCUAGAAAUUCCAGAAUUUUCAUCAGCUGAUAUUUGUUUUCUCCAUGAAUACAUAAAAGUGUUGACACCUAUAGCCAGAGCGCUAGAUUGUUUGCAGGCAGAGUGUUAUUUUGCUUUAUUAUUACCAGUGGUGCACAACACGAAGCAAGAUGUAUUGCAAAUGAAAAGUGAAAAUCUAAAAUAUGCUGUACCAUUACUCAAUGCAGUUUUGGGUGGAAUUGAAGAUCGGUUUGGAUAUUUGUUCGAUUUCGACGAUGAGCGAUGUAAGCCGGCUUUGGUUGCAACAUGUUCUCACCCAUACUUCAAAACGAGAUGGCUCAUAGGUGAUAUGUACUCGAACGAAAAUUUAGAGAAAAUUCGUUCGGUUCUUGGCUCAGCAGCACAUUCGAUGAAUGCCAAGGAAGUAACAGCACCGGAAAUACCCACAG